AUGUACCUUCAGCUUCUGUUUCUCCUCCAAAUUCCCCUGAUUUUCUGCCUGACUCCUCAAGAAGAAGCUCAACCAUUUCUAACUUCUCUCGCUAAACAUCUCAAACUUCAAGACUUCACAAUCUUUCAUAAGGAUUAUUAUCGAACCAACAAAGAUGGAACUAAGUUCACCAGAGGUAAGUAAUAUGAGCAAUACGCAAAGAGGGUUUGCCUUAACAUGAGAAAUGCUUUGGGCGCGGCUUAACUCACUAUUACAGUACUAAACAUUAAAGGGACAUACACUCGCUCCGCUCGAGCCGCUUACGCGGAAUUUUGAUCUACACUCGCGCAAAGCGCUCGGCUAAGCUCCGCCCACAAAACCAUGCGGUCUCAAAAGGUUUCUUUUAACAUGAGCAAUCCCUUGAGCAGGGUUUUGUGGGCGGAGCCUAGCCGAGCGCGCUGCGCGAGUGUAGAUCAAGCUUCCGCGAACGCGGCUCGAGCGGAGCGAGUGUAUGCCCCUUUAAGUUUGGGUACUGUAGUGACACAAAACUUCAAAGGGACAUACACUCGCUCCGCUCGAGCCGCAUGCGCGGAACUUUGAUCUACACUCGCGCAAAGCGCUCGGCUGACAUGAGCAAUGCUUGAGGCAGGCUUAACUCUCAUUUACAGUACCUUAAAGGGACAUACACUCGCUCCGCUCGAGCCGCUUACGCGGAAUUUUGAUCUACACUCGCGCAAAGCGCCUAUUUUUCUUAAAGGCGCAUGACAAUCAAUGAACCUGGGUCUCGCCACGAUGCGCCUUUAAAUUGAAGAUUUUGCGAUGAAAAUAUAUCAAAAUGUUCGGAAUUUUGAGCUCUACAAGAUGCAUUGCUCAUGUUAAAACCAUCUUUUCUCUAGACCAAGUAAUCGCUGGCCAUAAAAUGCUGCACAAUCAUAAUCCCAAAAUCCAUGCCGACAUCUACGAGUCAUUCAAAAAUGCGGGCAACUGGAAAACCUAUUGGGCCACACAUAUUGCUGAAAAAACACCCGAAGGUCAUCUGAAAAUCAAACAAUUUAAGAAUAACAAACUGGAAUCGUAUACUUUAGGGAUUUCGGAUGCGAAAACCGAGGGAAAAUAUCAAUUGUUGAGAGAGGUUUAUGUUUGA